AUGACACUCAACGUGCCCUUCAUUGCCACCGCCCCCACCACGGCCGCGUCCACCCCGUCCGUCUGCUCCAGCGCCCUGAGCUGGCAGCGGCUCUGCCUGCCCGGUUCCUGUGACUCCUGCACCGGCUCCUGCUGGCAGGUGGACGACUGCCCAGAGAGCUGCUGCGAGCCCCCUUGCUGCGCCCCCAGCUGCUGCGCCCCGGCCCCCUGCCUGACCUUCGUCUGUGCCCCAGUGAGCUGCGUGUCCAGCCCCUGCUGCCCACCAGCCUGCACCAGCUCCUGCACGGCCCCGUGCUGCCAGCAGUCUAGCUGCCAGCCCUCCUGCUGCACCUGCUCCCCCUGCCAGCAGGCCUGCUGUGUGCCCGUCUGCUGCAAGCCCAUCUGUUGCACACCUGUCUGCUGCGCACCUGUGUGCUGCGAGCCCGUGUGCUGUGACGCCACCCCCUGCUCAGCCCCCUCGUGCUGCCAGCCCACCCCCUGCCCCUCGUCCUGCUGCAGACCCUCCUCCUCCGUGUCCCUCCUCUGCCGCCCCUUGUGCUCCCGCCUGGCCUGCUGCAUCCCCGCCUCGGGCACGUCCUGCAGCUGA